GUGGAUUUUCUAUAUAGAAUUCGAGAUCAACUGAUCAACGGAGUGGGCUUCGUCGUACUACGUGGUCUUCCCGUCGAAUCUUGGACCACUCGACAAGCCUCAAUCGCAUACCUCGGCAUUGGCUCUUACAUCGGCCGCCGAUUGAGCCAAAACCGUCAGGGGCACAUGCUCGGUCACAUCAAGGACCUUGCCGAAGGCAAAGAAGUCAACGGUAAGGGCAGAAUCUAUCGCACACAGAAAGCCCAGACAUACCACACGGACGAAAGCGAUAUAGUGGGCCUGCUCUGCCUUCACCAAGCAAUGGAGGGUGGAGAGUCACAGGUGGUCUCCAGUCACAACAUCUACAACACACUUAGACGAGAAAGACCAGAUGUACUACGCCAGCUAUGCUUCCCACACUGGUUCUACGAUCGAAAGGGGGAGACGAGCGAGGGACAAAAUGAGUGGAUGCGCACUCCGGGUUACUACUGGUACAAGGGGAGGCUCAGCAUGAAAUGGGACUCUUACUACGUCGGAGCUUUACACCGCUUCUGGGACGCCGGACUUCUUCCUCAGUACACCGAUGCGCAGCGUGAGGCUAUCCAGGUGAUGGAAGAGAUGUGUCGUCGACUGUCAUUGGAAAUGACGCUGCAGCAGGGUGAUAUCCAGUUUGUCGCCAACACUCAUAACCUUCAUGCGCGAUCGGCGUACAAGGAUGAUAAUGAUGUUACGAAGAAACGCUGGUUACAGAGACUUUGGCUUGCUACCUCGGAAGAGGAGGGUGGAUGGCCGUUGCCGUUUGCUGAUAGUCGAUAUUCUAAAAGAGGGGAUGUUCAGGUUAAUGAGACUCCCGAGUCGUAUCCAACAGAGGCUGAGUAGGUACUGGUCAUGGGCAUUCUUCAAAGGGUGAAGCUCUCUAGCAACAAAAGAUCUGUGAAGUCCGGGAUUGGAAGACACAUCUGUGUAUAAUGAGCGAUAUGACCAGAUUCAAGGACCACAUCAUCUUUUCUUUACAAAGUGCUCCUUUGCGCGGUAUUUAAUCUCUUGCCGGAAUCAAGCGAAACAUUGCUUCGUCGUAGUCUAAUCCGCAUGAGGUGAUCGCGAUCAUUAGUCACCGCGCUUGCAACAAGGUUUGAUAAAUGCACUGUGUUCGAAGCACAAAUUCGCGCAAACCUGCACCUUGAACACGUCCUUAACAGUGCAUAGCGGGGUUAACUUUC